AUGUUUUGUUGCUACUCCAUUAUCACUACCAGAAAUGCGAAUGGAGGUAAUCGUGUUUGCUAUGCAUAUGGAUCAGCUCCGGAACACACAAACACACACCAGCAGCAGACCACCGACACCCAGUCGUCAGCCGAGCCGUCAGCCAGUCAAUGGGGUGGCCGAGCGAAAGGUGGACAGCCUCAUAUGACGAGAACACCACCACAUUGGCACCAACUCAGAUGCCCACAAGUGAAAUCCGUCGGCCGUCUGUCUGUCGACAUGCCACGAUGA